AUGUCAAAUAAAAAAAGAACCAUAUUAAAAGUUAUAAUUCUUGGAGAUAGUGGUGUUGGUAAAACAUCAUUAAUGAAUCAAUAUGUAAAUAAAAAGUUUACGAAUCAGUACAAAGCAACGAUUGGUGCAGAUUUUUUAACUAAAGAAACCAUAGUUGACAACGAACAAAUAACUAUGCAGAUAUGGGAUACUGCAGGACAAGAACGUUUUCAAAGUUUAGGAGUAGCUUUUUAUAGAGGUGCAGAUUGUUGUGUUUUAGUAUUCGAUUUGACAAACUACAAAACUUAUGAAUCUUUGGAAUCUUGGAAAGAUGAAUUUUUAAUUCAAGCUAGUCCAAAAGAUCCUGAAAAUUUCCCCUUUGUUAUUAUUGGAAAUAAAGUUGACGAAACAAAUAAAAGAAAAGUUCAAUCAUUAAAAGUUUUGCAAUGGUGUAAAUCAAAUAACAAUAUUCCCUAUUUUGAGACAAGUGCAAAAAAUGCAAUUAAUGUUGAUCAAGCAUUUGAUGAAAUAGCUAGAAAAGCUAUGAAGCAAGAACACCAGGAAGAACAAAUAUAUUUACCCGAAACUUUUGCUUUAAAUAAUCAGAGCGAACAAAAAAUAUAUAAAAGUCGUUGUUGUUAA